CCUUUCACUUUUCCCUCUUUCCUAGCCGCCUCCGGCUGUAUAUCGACCUGCUAUAUUUCCAUUGUGAGUUUGUUUUUUUUUCGGUUGUAAACUUACGUAAGUUAGGUUGACUGAUCAACCGUUGCAGCCAUUGAAAAAAAAACACUUCUACCAGCGUUUAACGAAUCCAGUUCCUUUUAGUGCUCACCAGCUCCAGCUCAAGAAUUCAGGGAGCCGUCAGUUCUUCACAGGAGCUGACUGCACACAUUCCUGCAAGAUGCCUGAUGGAUUUUGUACUUGUCAGUUUUGCUGGCUGUAUGCUCCUUCUGUGCUUUUCCUGAAAAAUGAUUGGGUGACAUGUGUUUUGACUUUCUUCCCCCCCCACCCCCCACUGGGAAGUAAAAAAAAAAUUAGGUAACAGAAGCACACUUGUUUUCGACAAAAACAAGUACAGCUUUGCAAACAGACUACCCCAGGGUUUGCCCUUUUUUGUGAGGGUAGUCCUCUGGUAUCUUGACCCCUUCCCUGGAUUUUUGUCUGUGUUAAUGUCUUCAUGUUGUGUAUUUCUGCACUUAAUAUUUGCCCGGUAUAUGUUUUCCCAGCUUAUUUACACACAAAGCGUAACAGAUCUGAGGAUAAUGAGGCUGCCCAUCUUUUUAGCUACAGAUACCUGUAAAGUUGCAUAUUUGUGGGAACCUGUAUUCUGCACUUGAUGACUGUAGCCUGGCUCUUUCAUUUCAAGAUGAUGUGCGAGGUGAUGCCGACCAUCAGCGAAGCAGAAGGCCCCCCUGGAGGAGGUGGAAGCCAUGGUUCCGGCUCCCCUUCGCAGCCAGACGCAGAUUCACAUUUUGAACAGCUGAUGGUCUCCAUGUUGGAAGAAAGGGACCGCCUUCUUGACACACUGAGAGAGACUCAAGAAACACUGGCCUUAACCCAGGGGAAGUUACACGAGGUUGGUCAUGAAAGAGAUUCCUUGCAGAGACAGCUCAACACGGCACUUCCACAGGAGUUUGCGGCACUUACUAAGGAACUCAAUGUGUGCAGGGAACAGCUUCUUGAAAGGGAAGAAGAAAUUGCUGAACUGAAAGCAGAAAGGAAUAACACCAGGCUGCUGUUAGAGCAUUUGGAAUGCCUCGUCUCCAGGCAUGAGCGGUCUCUUAGGAUGACUGUGGUGAAGAGACAAGCGCAGUCCCCAGCAGGCGUGUCCAGCGAAGUGGAAGUGCUGAAAGCCCUGAAGUCCUUAUUUGAACACCACAAAGCUCUGGAUGAAAAGGUGAGAGAGCGAUUACGAGUAGCACUUGAAAGAUGUAGUUUGUUAGAAGAGGAAUUAGGUGCCACACACAAAGAGCUAAUGAUUCUUAAAGAACAGAAUAGUCAGAAAAAAACACUAACAGAUGGAGUGCUGGACAUAAACCACGAACAAGAAAAUACACCAAGCACGAAUGGAAAGAGAUCUUCUGAUGGUUCUUUAAGCCAUGAGGAAGACCUUGCUAAAGUAAUUGAGCUCCAAGAAAUCAUAAGUAAGCAGUCAAGGGAACAGAGCCAAAUGAAAGAACGCCUGGCUUCCCUCUCCAGUCACGUGUCAGAGCUGGAAGAGGAUCUGGACACUGCUAGAAAAGAUCUCAUCAAAUCUGAAGAAAUGAACACAAAAUUGCAACGAGAUGUCCGUGAAGCCAUGGCCCAAAAGGAAGACAUGGAAGAGAGAAUCACUACUCUUGAAAAACGCUACCUCGCUGCACAGCGUGAAGCCACAUCUGUGCAUGACCUCAAUGAUAAACUUGAAAAUGAAAUUGCAAAUAAAGAUUCUAUGCAUCGACAGACUGAAGAUAAAAACCGCCAGUUACAGGAGCGCUUGGAAUUGGCAGAGCAAAAGCUGCAGCAGACACUGAGGAAGGCAGAGACGCUCCCUGAGGUGGAGGCGGAGCUGGCCCAGAGGGUGGCAGCGCUUUCCAAGGCUGAAGAGAGACACGGCAACAUUGAAGAAAGGUUACGGCAGAUGGAAGCACAGUUGGAGGAGAAGAAUCAAGAACUGCAGCGGGCAAGGCAAAGAGAAAAAAUGAACGAAGAACAUAAUAAACGUUUAUCAGACACUGUUGACAAGCUACUUUCAGAAUCUAAUGAGAGGCUUCAACUUCAUCUUAAAGAGAGAAUGGCUGCUUUGGAAGAUAAGAAUUCUCUAUUAAGAGAAGUUGAAAAUGCAAAAAAACAAUUAGAAGAAACACAACACGAUAAGGAUCAGCUUGUCCUGAACAUUGAAGCACUGAGAGCUGAACUAGACCAGAUGAGGCUAAGAGGUGCUUCACUUCAUCAUGGCCGACCCCACUUGGGCAGUGUCCCAGAUUUCAGGUUCCCCAUGGCAGACGGCCACACAGACUCCUACAGCACCAGCGCAGUGCUGCGGCGCCCGCAGAAAGGCCGUCUGGCAGCCCUGCGAGAUGAGCCUUCCAAGGUACAGACUCUUAAUGAGCAGGAUUGGGAACGUGCCCAGCAAGCUAGUGUCUUGGCAAAUGUAGCACAAGCAUUCGAGAGUGAUGCUGACGUGUCUGAUGGUGAAGAUGACAGGGACACUCUCCUCAGCUCAGUUGACCUGCUGUCGCCCAGCGGCCAGGCCGACGCGCACACGCUAGCCAUGAUGCUUCAGGAGCAGCUGGACGCCAUCAACAAAGAGAUCAGGUUGAUUCAGGAAGAAAAAGAAAACACAGAGCAGCGGGCAGAGGAGAUUGAAAGUCGAGUUGGCAGCGGAAGUCUAGACAAUCUUGGUCGUUUUAGAUCAAUGAGCUCCAUUCCCCCCUACCCUGCUUCCUCACUUGCUAGCUCCUCCCCUCCGGGCAGUGGGCGCUCCACCCCACGAAGGAUCCCUCACAGCCCAGCCCGGGAAGUGGACAGACUGGGCGUCAUGACCCUUCCAUCUCCAGAUUCAUUUUUAAUCCAGACCUCAGGUCCCCAUCAGUCUGUAGUUUACUCAUCCACCUCCCCUCCCAGUUCCAUCCCAUGCUAUAGCGAUUCUUCACAGCAUGCUCAGUUGCCACCUUCCAGAGAAGAGGUACGAGAUGACAAGACAACCAUAAAGUGUGAAACCUCCCCGCCUUCCUCCCCGAGAGCCCUUCGGUUAGACCGGCUGCACAAAGGGGCGCUGCACACCGUCAGCCACGAGGACAUCAGGGACCUAAGGAACUCCACAGGCUCCCAGGACGGUCCCGUGAGCAAUCCCAGCAGUAGCAACAGUAGCCAGGACUCGCUCCACAAAGCCCCAAAGAAGAAAGGCAUUAAGUCCUCCAUUGGCCGCUUGUUUGGCAAGAAAGAAAAGGGCCGACCUGGACAAACCGGCAAAGAAGCAUUAGGACAAGCUGGCGUUUCCGAGACAGAUAAUUCAUCUCAGGAUGCCUUGGGACUUAGCAAAUUGGGAGGACAGGCUGAAAAAAAUCGUAAACUUCAAAAAAAGCAUGAAUUGCUGGAGGAAGCCCGGAGACAAGGUUUACCUUUUGCCCAAUGGGACGGGCCAACGGUUGUGGUCUGGCUGGAGCUCUGGGUUGGGAUGCCAGCCUGGUAUGUGGCUGCCUGCCGAGCAAAUGUGAAAAGCGGGGCCAUCAUGUCGGCCCUGUCCGACACGGAGAUCCAGCGUGAGAUCGGCAUCAGCAACCCCCUGCACAGACUGAAGCUGAGGCUGGCCAUCCAGGAGAUCAUGUCGCUGACCAGCCCGUCCGCCCCACCCACGUCUAGAACGACCACAGGAAAUGUCUGGUUAACACACGAAGAGAUGGAAACGCUCGCAGCCACGCCGCAAACGGAAGAUGAGGAGGGAAGCUGGGCUCAGACACUCGCCUAUGGGGACAUGAACCAUGAGUGGAUCGGCAACGAGUGGCUCCCCAGCCUGGGCCUACCCCAGUACCGUAGCUACUUCAUGGAGUGCCUUGUAGACGCCAGGAUGCUGGACCACUUGACCAAGAAAGACCUUCGAGGGCAGCUGAAAAUGGUCGACAGUUUUCACAGAAACAGUUUCCAGUGUGGAAUUAUGUGCCUGAGAAGGUUAAAUUAUGACCGGAAAGAACUGGAAAGAAAAAGAGAAGAAAGUCAGAGUGAAAUAAAAGACGUGCUUGUUUGGAGCAAUGAUCGAGUGAUUCGCUGGAUCCUAUCAAUUGGCCUUAAAGAAUAUGCAAACAAUCUUAUAGAGAGUGGUGUUCACGGAGCACUUCUGGCCUUAGACGAAACCUUCGACUUCAGUGCACUGGCACUGCUAUUACAGAUCCCAACGCAAAACACACAGGCUCGUGCUGUCUUGGAAAGAGAAUUUAACAACCUUUUGGUCAUGGGGACUGAUAGAAGGUUUGAUGAAGUAAGUUUUUGGCCUAAUGUUCUUUAA